AUGCCUCGGGCUUGUGAUCCGUGCUCGGUCAGAAAGAUCAAAUGCAACGGCAAAUCGCCAUGCGACGGCUGCCUCGCGGCAGACCUGCCGUGCUCACACGCACGGAAACGCAAGAAACCGGGGCCGAAGGGACCGAGGAAGCGAAUCAAGGAGGUCAUCCAGCAGAUGCAGACAGCUGAAGCUUCAAGUGAGGUGGAACCUACAGAGCAAUGCGACCCCGAACCAGACACAUGCGCCGUUGGGCCAAGUCCGACAACGUCUGAUCCCCCACACAGCUUCUGCGACAACAGCGCCGUCAUCAGCGGCCGGAUACCGCUGUCAACAUUCAAUUACUACUUGGACAUAUUUCGGAGCCAUCUCCAUGUAGUAUGGCCCGUGGUAGACUGCGACUCGAUGAAAUCCCGUCUCCUAGACACCAACGACCAAGUCGUCUACGCACUCGCCGCGGCGAUUUGCAGCGCCACGAUAGCCCAACUUCAUCUUACCGUCAAUGGGAGUCUGCAUUCUCACCAUCAGAUGGCUCUUGAAGCCGAAAGCGCAAGAUUUUUACUCGACUAUUCGUCGCACGAGACUAUUGACGCCUUGCUUACAUCCUUCUUCUUGCACGUGUUUUAUUCCAAUACCGGCAAGAUGACCAAGUCUACGCUUCUACUACGUGAGGCAAUCGCCUACUCUCACAUCUUGGGUCUUCACCAAGACAUAUUUUACACCAAUUUAGACCCGUAUACGACACAGUACCAUCUUCGUAUUGCGUGGAUUUUAUUCAUCACUGACAGGGCCCAUUCCCUGCAGCACGACCUACCACCCACCUUCAAGCUCAGCCCGACACUACCUGAGCUCCAACCACAACAAGGUGACGGUCUCAGCGCAGCAUUUUGCAGUUUAUGCCGACUGUUCCAGUCUUUUCAAGAAGCCUGUCCUCCAGAUAUUCGAUCCACAGGAGGGCGCCACUUGCUUGGAAACAUAAGCACUCAACUGCGCCGAGCACACCCGUUCCCGCUCUGUGAGAAUGAAGUGCAACGCGCCGACCUCGUGGUCACCGAUUCUUGGUUACGCGUCGUCUUGUGGAAAGUGGCGAUCCCAUACGUUGACUCUACGACGGAUCCCAACGAUCGAGGUCUUAGUGUGUCAUUCCCAAUGUCUGUGGCGAAGGAUCUCCUCUCCAAACUCGCCACCUUGUCGUCCUGCGCCCUCGAGGCACAUGGCCCGGGAAUGGUGUCCAAACUGUUCGAGGUCGCGAGUUCCGUCGCCGACGUCAUUCUUUGCGCGCCCGACCUAGCAGACGUCGGGUCAGUCCAAGUCGGACCUCGGGAAGUCCUAUACGCGCUGGGCAGUUUGAUCAGCUCAUUACGUACAACUGGUCAUCCUGAGUUGAUCACCCUGCUUCGAGAGAAGAUGAUGGCGUGUGCUCUAGAUCAAGCAGGGCCGACAACGUUAAUGCAGAUCACGGAUAUUUCGGACGAGGAUGCACAGAAUCUUGUCGUUCCACAUCGAGGGGAUAACCGAUAG